AUGGAAACUAUUAUUACUGUUACAUCUAUCUCUCCCACUGCUACUACUCUUACCACCACCACCGAUUCUAAGGUUCAACGAGUAACCAAGAAAUCUUCCGAUGAGCUACUAAGAAAAUUCGCUGAAGUAGGUACCAACGACAAGAAAGAGCUGCGUAUUAUCAAACGCAGGAAGAAGAUGAAGGAGAAUCAUUCCGAGGGCCAGAGCCCUUCAAAAGCCGGCACCUCCGUUGCCGAAAGGAGGUCACUGUUGCCGCCAACCGUGAGCCGGAGGUCGGUGUUGCUCCGGCAGCUUAGGGUUAGAGAUAACAGAAACAAGUCAUCAUCAAUCUUGGGAACUAUUCAGAAAACAUGGCGUAGAACUGUUGAAGGUGCUUCUAGGGUUUUCAUGGAAAAACACUAUCAUCGUCAUAAGCGUUUGAUCAAUGAUGUUGUUUGA